AUGGAUUCAAAGACCAGCAAUAUCCUCUCGUUGCCGUUUCGACGGUCGGGGCACCUGUCGCUCGCCACCACGAUCCGCCAAUACAUCAACGCCAAGUAUGACCAGCACCCGGACAUGUUUCGCCCGGACCUCGAGGCGAUUGAUACGCUACGGACAGAUGCCAUCAAUGUCCGCGAGCCGCACUUCAGCGGCAUUAAGAAGCUCCAAGCGUACGCCGCGCAGCUAGUCUGGAUCGGCGGCAAGUUUCCAGUCGACAUUGGUGCUGAAUUCACAUGGUACCCCGCGCUGGGCUAUAAUACCGAACGACCGAUGGUCCGCAACAACCUCAAGUACGAGCUCAUGAACAUUCUCUACAACCUUGCAGCGUUGUACUCGCAGCUCGCCAUCAACACAUCACGCGCCAACACCGACGGCCUGAAGACGGCCGCCAACUACUUUUCGCAGGCCGCCGGUGUGCUGUCGCACAUGAAGACAAGCGUGCUGCCGGAGCUGCGCAUGUCGGACCCGCCCGAGGACAUGGACGAGCACACGCUCGAGUCGCUGACGCAGCUGCUGCUGGCCCAGAGCCAGGAGUGCUUCUGGCAAAAGGCUGUUAUGGACGGCUACAAGGAUGCUUCGAUUGCCAAACUCGCCGCGCGCGUCUCGGACCUGUACAAUCUGGCCGGUGAGUCCGCCGUCAAGAGCGAAGCCAUCAGCAGCGCGUGGAUACACCACAUGACGGCCAAGCACCACCACUUUGCGGCGGCCGCGCAGUACCGAGCUGCUUGUGACUGCCUGGAGAAGAGGAAAUAUGGCGAAGAGGUGGCACGUCUCCAGGAUGCUGUACAGUGCAUCAACGAAGGCAUCAAGGAGACCAAGGGCGGAUACCUGAACAAAACUGUGGUUGAAGACUUGAAUGCGCUGAAGCGAAAGGUGGAAGAAGAUUUGAAGCGGGCAGAAAAGGACAAUGACAUCAUCUUUCUUAACAUUGUGCCGCCAAAAUCGGAACUCAAGAUCCUCGACCGAGCAAAUAUGGCCGUUGCUAGAGUACCAAAGCAAGUCUCGGAUCCGUACGAGUUCUUCGGAGACAAGGCUGAGUUUGGGCCAGCUCUCUUCUCUCGCCUGGUCCCAUUCUCUGUACACGUUGCGGUGUCCAUUUAUGAGGAACGACGCGACCGGAUGGUGGACCAGAAUAUUAUCCAAGAGUUGGAAGCGAUGACGGAACAAUUUCACAACGUUUUAGCGACUCUUGGGUUGCCUGGCUCAAUUCAAGCUCUGGAGAAGCCUCUGGGGCUACCGCCUAGCCUCGUGCAGCAUGCCGAAGAGAUUCGGCAGGCUGAUGCUGUCAAUCGAAUCCACAAGGCUUUCAUCGACAUCGAUAAGUUGCGGGCAGCCGACAUGGCCAUCUUUGAAGAAGGUGUCACGGCGCUAGCGACUGAAUACGACGAAGACCAACAACUGCGGGUCAAGUAUGGCACCGACCGCUGGGCUCGUCCAGAUAGCAAAACCGACCCGCAAGGCGCGAAGCUGUGGAAUCACGUCACAGAGAUUCAAAGCUAUUUCGAGAGCAGCUCGAGUAGCGACGGCGUGGUGCGAGAGAAAUAUGCAGACAAUGAAGAGUUGCUACGCAUCCUCUCUGGCCCCGACCGCGGGAUACAAAGCUAUGUACCCUCUGGUGGCCAGAUGGACAUGCGCGAAGACCUGAGAACGUCGAUGGGCAAGCUGCGUAGCGCGUAUAGUGAUGCGGUACGCCUCGAAAGCAGAAGACGGAACAAGAUCAAGAAUUUGAAGGAGAAUACGAAACGUGAUGACAUUAAGCCGGAUAUCCUCAAAGAAGCGGCCAGGCUGGAACGCACAUAUCCCACGACAAGUAUUGUACCGGCACACUUUGAAGAUUUCUUUGACAAGAGACUGGACAGGCUUUACGAGCCAGAGAUUGAGACGCUGGACAAGGAAGCAAAAGACCAGGAGGAGCUGGUUGCGCAGCUAGAGAGGGCGAAUCGCGAGUUUCAAGCACAGAAGCAAAAGGGAAGCUCACGUGCGAACCGCGAACGCGAGCAGGCACUGCAGAGGCUGGAUUCGGCGUACUACAAGUACAAGGAGAUUCUCAACAAUCUGGACGUGGGCCGCAAGUUUUACAACGACCUGAGCAAAAUCGUUGGGCAAGGUUUCCGGGAUGUGGCCAAGUCGUGGGUAGCUCAACGUCGCAUGGAAGCCAGAGCCUUGGAAGAGGAACUGAACAUGCCGACGCUGUCGAAUCUCAACAUAUCGAGAAAUCACACGCCGGUACAUAAUGCGCCUCCGCAGAGCAUGUAUCAGCAGCAAGAGGCGCAGAGCAUGUACCAACAACAACCCCAACAUCAAGCUUACUCGGGCGGUAUGCCGCAGCAGGGCGGUCCAGGAGAGGCUGCGGCCAUUCAAUCGUGGGCUGGUGCGGGAGGCAACGUGCAGCAACCACAGCCGAUGCCUCCGGUGGCGAAUCCGAUGGGAGGCAUGUGGGCGCCGGGGGCGGGUAUCAAAUUUGGGGCCGGACAGUCGCAGGCGGGAGGCGGCGGCGGCGAGGGACAGCAGCCUGCACCGGGGACGUGGAAUCCAAACUCGGGUAUCAAAUUUGGGUAG